AUGUUGACUCUGACUCCGGUCUUAACUGUGUCCUAUGAAGCCAAGAUUUCAUUUCUGCUCCUUUCUAUCCUGGAGUUUGCCGUGGGGAUCCUGGUCAAUGCAUUCAUUGUCUUGGUGAACUUUUGGGACAUGGUAAAAGGGCAGCCCUUGAACAACUGUGACAUUGUGCUGUUGUGCCUCAGCGUCACGCGGCUCUUCCUGCAGGGGCUACUGCUCCUGGAUGCUAUCCAGCUCACCUGCUUCCAGCAGAUGAAAGACCCGCUGAGCCACAACUACCAAGCCAUCCUCACUUUCUGGAUGAUCGCAAACCAAGUGAGCCUCUGGUUUGCCACCUGCCUCAGUCUCCUCUACUGCUCCAAGAUUGCCCGUUUCUCUCACACCUUCCUGCUCCACUUAGCAAGCUGGGUCUCUAGGAGAUUUCGCCGAGUGGUUCUAGUGGCUCUUCUCUUCUCCUGCAUCUGCACCGCCCUAUGCCUGUGGGACUUUUUCAGCAGGUCUCACUUCACGGUCGCCUCCGUGCUACCCAGGAACAACACAGAAUUCAACCUGCAAAUUGCAAAACUCAGUUUCUUUUAUUCAUUUGUCUUCUGCAAUGUGGGGUCGAUCCCCUCUUCUCUGGCUUUCCUGGUUUCCUCCGGAGUGCUGUUUAUCUCCCUGGGAAGCCACAUGAGGGCCAUGAAGUCCCGAGCCAGGGACUCUCGUGACCCCGGCCUUGAGGCCCACAUCAGAGCCAUCAUCUUUCUGGUCUCCUUUCUGUGUUUCUAUGUGUUGUCAUUCUGUGCUGCCUUGGCCUCAAUGCCUUUACUGGUGCUCUGGCACGAUAAGGGGGGAGUGAUGGUUUGCAUAGGGAUGAUGGCGGCUUGCCCUUCGGGACACGCAGUCAUCCUCAUCUCAGGUAACGCCAAGCUGAGGAGGGCCAUAGAGCCCAUGGUGUUCUGCUUUCACCGCAGCCAGAAGGUGAGAAGAGACCUCAAGAUGCUUCCAAGGACACUGAUAAGUCAUGAAACAGGCUCCUCACAAACACACCUCUAA